UCUUGUUCAUUCAAAAGAUAUAUUCUAAUAAUAUUAUUAUUCUAGAAAGUUACUUUUCAUCGUCUUCUUGUUCGGGUUUUGGCGUUUUCACUUUCAGGUGACAACCAACAUACACACAUAUAUAUGAAGAUUUUUAAUUUUGCCUCUCUAACAUCUGAUCCCAAAAGUAAAAGAAGCGUCACAAGUCUCAUUAUUGUGUCAUCUCUACUCUGCGCUAUUUAUAUUCUCAGGGCCGCGUUUUUUGCAAAUGACUUCAAAAUUCCACAAAGAUCAAAAGUGGAGUUGAAAGAUGCCGAAAAAUGCAAGAUACAGUGCAGGCCUCCUGGCAGCGAUUUAUUGCCACAAGGAAUUCUUGCCAGAACUUCUGAUUUGGAAAUGCGCCCUUUAUGGGGUUCGUUUAGUGAUGAUAGCCUUCCAAGGCGUUCGGUGAGUUUGCUCGCUAUUGCAGCUGGAAUAAAGCAAAAGUAUAUGGUUAAUAAAAUUAUAACAAAGUUUUUAGGAAAUGACUUUGUCAUAAUGGUAUUUCACUAUGAUGGCAUCGUUGAUCAAUGGAAUGAUCUACAAUGGACUACUCAAGCUAUUCACAUAUCUGCCAUGAACCAAACGAAGUGGUGGUUCGCUAAGAGAUUCUUGCACCCUGAUAUAGUCGCAGAGUAUGAUUACAUUUUUCUUUGGGAUGAGGACCUCGAUAUCGAACAUUUGGAUCCAGGCCGGUAUAUAUCAAUUAUUAAAGAAGAAGGACUUGACAUAUCACAGCCAGCGCUUGAUCCUAGAAAAUCAGAGGUCCACCAUCAAAUUACUGUACGCCGAAAGAACUCCAAAGUUCACAGGAAUUUUUUGAAGUUUAGAGGCAGUGGAAGGUGUUAUGGCAAUAGCACAGGCCCUCCAUGUUCUGGUUGGGUAGAAAUGAUGGCUCCUGUGUUCUCAAAAGCUGCUUGGCGAUGUGCAUGGUAUCUGAUUCAGAAUGAUUUGAUUCAUGCAUGGGGUAUUGAUUUUCAGCUCGGCUAUUGUGCUCAGGGUGACCGACAGCAAAAGGUUGGUGUGGUUGAUGCUGAAUACAUAGUUCAUCUGGCUGUCCCUUCUCUUGGUGGUUCUAACCAUGCAAGCAAUGUGUCACUUGAUAAUGUAAAUGUAAUAAAUUCAACAGAUACAGAUGAUCUUGUAAAUUUGUCAAAUAUUAGUACUUCACAUCCAGCCGAUGGUAGACUUGAGGUGAGGAAGCAAUCGUAUCUUGAAAUGCGUAUCUUCAGGCGUAGAUGGAACAAGGCAGUUGAAAACGACAAAUGUUGGGUUGAUCGAUAUGCCAAUAACACAACGAAGUAAAUUGUUUCUUAUUUCCUUUUCCUUGUUGACUUGAUGGAAGAUCCAAUACUCUACAAAAUCGUCAUUUAGCUAAGCAUAUAUAAUUCUUUUAACCAACCGUUACAAGCCAGAAUCCGCCGCCCUUGAACAUAAAUGCUGGAGUCCCAAGAUAUAUGUUGGGUUUUUGAAACUUUGGCUGCUAAAUGAAGAAGAUGGUACAUAGACAGAUGGUUGUAAUUAAGUUGUGAGUGUGUUCUUUUUUGGUAUAUCUCAUGUUAGUUACUUGUUCGUCCGAAAAGGAUGAACAAUGACCACUUGGCCACAAUUGAUGGAUAGUAGUACAUAAAUGGAUGGAUUGGUGAUUGGGUGAUGAUGAUCAUGGUUAUGUAAGGUUAUAUGUAUCUAACAAAUGGUUAAAGACACCUGUAAAUGACUAAGAGUUGUCUUGGUGACAAGAUUGAGAGUUGUCUCGGUGACAAGUCUCGAGUGCCGUUUAUAUGAACAACAAUCUGGAACUUUUUAAUACACUAUCAGCAAUAGUUUUAUCAA